UAAAAUGUUCAGAACCUCAAUUUCCUUCUGACUGGCGUUUAUUUGUUUUUGGGAGAGGGGGGCCUAUUCAUGGUAGACCAAACUUUGUGUUGACAACCAAAAGGGGCUUUGGGGACUGACAUUUUUAAAGACGGCCGUUGUGACUUUGUCGACACAUCCUGUGAGGAAAAAUAUGGCCGCAAGUGUUUUUUUCCUGACAGAGUGGCGGCGGGCUCCAGACGGGGCCUUAUCGGGGCCCAGAGGGGAGGAUGUGGUCAGCCUUUCUUGACGGGCUGCCGCUUCUGCUGCGGCAUGGAGCUAGCUCAUUGUUGGCGGCGGGUUCCACCACGCUCCCUUUGGGGGGGGGGGGGGUAUAAGAACGGCGUCCCCGCCGUACUUUCGACGCCUUAUUCGGAUCAACUAGACCGGCGGGGAUGGAUUCUUACCAGGAGGCUCAGUCGGACUUGGAGGUCAUUUUAGAGUUUCUGGAGGAGUACCACAGGCACAACACGGACGAUGCGACUGUGCAGCAGGACGCCAGCGCCGUAGACGACCAAACCCGGGAGCAAUGCUGGAGGCCUUCGGAGCCACCUAGCAUCCCAGGUGGCCCCGAGGCGAUGCCGUGCGAGACGCCCGCUGCCCCCGUGACCACCAGACAAUUAAGCAAACAGCAGGCCUCGGCGGCGGCGGCCGGCGGUAGGAAGGUCCGUCUUUAUCACUUCCUCUUCGAGAUGCUGGAGGACCCCGCCAUGGCCCACUGCUUGUCCUGGGUGCCGUCGUCCUCGGGCGUCUUCCGCUUCUCCGCCCACAACAAAGACCAGCUGGCGGCGCUGUGGGGCCAGAGGAAAGGCAAUAAGCGGCCCAUGACCUACCAGAAGAUGUCUCGGGCUCUGAGGAACUACGCCCGCUCUGGCGAGAUCGUCAAGGUGAAACAGAAGCUCACGUACCAGUUUGGCCAGCACACGCUGAUGUUGCUGCACAAGCAUCGCCGGGGGGUAACUGUAACGCAAAGCGGGCCGUGAACACAUCUUCGGAGUUGAACAUUAUACAUAUCAAGUCGGGUUUUUACGUCAUCUCGAAUAAAGAGAACAAUUUGUUGCU